GUCCAGCAGAUGCAGGCGCAGAUCGACACGCUUCUUGCGCAGAGGGCGAUGCUUGGGAUGCCGAUGCCGACGAGCCCGCUGCUUGGGGUUAAGCAGGACGACUUCGAAAUGAAGAGCGAGGCGGGCGACGACGACGCAGCGGCCGAGGCGCUGGCAGGCGAUCUUGCACAGGCUGUUGGUCCGCCAGCCGAGGAGGCAGCAGCCCCUGACGAUGCAGCAGCCAGCGAGGAAGAAAGCGAGGUCCCAGCGGCGCAGGCUGAUCCAACGCAGGCCCCCGAAGCAUCGGGCAGCGAGGACGGGGGCGACGACCUGCCGCUGGUGCGCGCUGAGCUGGCUGAGGAGGAGGACAUGUUCCAGAGGAACCAGCGUGAGCUCAAGCAGCUGAGGGAGAGGCAGGCGGAGCUGCAGCGCGUGCUCGAGAUGGCCGAGGACACGGAGCGCCGCAUCAAGAAGAAGAGGGCCGACCGCGAGCAGGCCGCCAGGGAUCGAGGAGCUUCUCGGAUGGCUGCGUCCCUCGAGCCAGUGCCCGUCCCCAAGCGCUCUCGCGUCGACGAGGUCCUGGGGCGCGGCCGCGACACGGUGAGUGCCGAGCUGGACGCCGAGCUGGCAAGCGGCCCAUCGUCAGCCGCUGUGACGCCAUUCCCUCGCCCUUCAGAGACGCCGCCGUCCGCGCCGAUGAAGCAGCCCGUGGACCAGAAGAGCGCCCUGGCUGACAUCUCGAAUGCGGUUGCUGAGAAGCUUAGGAAUGACCCCAGUUCCUUGACAGAGGACACGGCUGGCCAUAACUUCGUACCUCGUGGGCUCGACACUGGGGCCGAACAGCAAGCUGGUGAGCAGGGGCCUCAUGAUGAGGCGUCCACCGACGAGCUCGAGACGAUGUUGGAGGAGAUGAAGGGAAAGCGGGGCGCUGGUGACGUUGAAAUCCGCCUCGCUGUUGCCAAGCAGAGCUACAACUUCGGCAUGCGCUCAGCCAUUGGCAACAAGCUGGAUCGGGACCUCAAGGCGAACCCCGCGAAGGCUUUGGAGUGGAAGCAGGACAAGAGCAAGGAUAAGGAAGACUUCAAGAAAAAGUGGCUCUUGGAGAAGUGGAGCGAGCUGCCGACGACCAAGCGAACCUUCACCACCACCCACACCGAGGACUGGCGCGAGAGGGGCGAGCUCAUGACCUUCCUCAAGAUGGCCUACGAGGAAGGGGGUCCCGCUGGGCAGACGGACCCAGGUACGCUGGAGGCUUGCAUGCGCACCGUCAAGCGUUGCAUUGACCUCGGGUACCCAUAUGCCCAGCGGGACCCCCAGAAUGGGGUCCUGAAGUUCCUCUACUUCAGGCUCAUCUACCAGGAGAGCUUCAAGCGGGAGUGGCCGAAGACGAUCGCGCAGACGAAGGGGCCGAAGGCCAUCGAGAACGGGAGCUCUGGCACAGCAGGCGGCGGCGGCGCCGCGGACGUGGUGCAGAAGCAGCUCGCUACCGCCAAGAAGCUCACAGAGGCCAUCAAGGGCGCGCUCUCUGCUGGCAAAGCGAUGCUGGAUGACAUCAAGGAGAAGGCUGAGUUCAAGUGGGCCAGGACCGACGAGGUGGAGGGCUUGAUGGACGCCAAGGAGCAGGCGCUGCGCACGGCCGCGAGGAGCAUCGCGCUGGCUAGCAUGCUGAUGUCGAACACGGAGCUGGCGCAGGCGACCGAUUGA